GGAUCAUUCCGCAGAUAUAACCUCUCAAGGUUUUUCCCUUCCGCGCUCUGCCCUUCUUCAUGGACCCUUCCUUGCCCAGCCCUGACUCUUUGGACCAAGCCCUGAAAAUGGAACUUAAAAGAGUUUUGGACUCCCAACAGCGCUACUCAGCCCACAACUGCUGGAAAGUUGCCCAAGAGAAGGACUUCGCAGUAAAGCGGAGUUUGAGAAAGCUGCUGAGGAAGUUAAGAACCUUAAGACCAAACCAGCAGAUGAUGAGAUGCUGUUCAUCUACAGCCACUACAAACAAGCAACCGUGGGUGACAUAAAUACAGAACGGCCUGGAAUUUUGGACCUCAAAGGCAAGGCCAAGUGGGAUGCCUGGAAUGGGCUGAAAGGGACUUCCAAGGAAGAUGCCAUGAAAGCGUAUAUCAACAAAGUAGAAGAACUAAAGAAAAAAUAUGGAAUAUAAGGGACUGGAUUUGCCUGCCAGCUUUGCAGUUCACCUGACAUAAUGCCUUGUUUUUCUAAUACUGUGGAUGAAGUUAAUAAAUAAAUAGUUAAGCCAGUUGCUCAAGACAGCCCAGGAUGUAACGCCAGCAGAUUAGGGGCUGAAAUGGCUACUAACCCUCGCCGAGUAGUUUUUAAUCAUAGAUCAAUUAAAAGUACAUUUGUUACUUUAA